GGCAGAGAGACACCGUGUUGAAUUUACUGCAGGGAGAACAGAGCUAGACUUACAGUGUUAUACUGACCUGGAAUACUACAUCUGCAAAAAUGGUUGAUGCUUUCUGCGGUACAUGGAAACUGAUUGACAGCCAGAACUUUGAUGAAUACAUGAAGGCACUAGGUGUUGGCUUUGCCACAAGACAAGUGGGCAAUGUCACUAAACCGACAGUAGUGAUCAGCCAGGAUGGGGACAAAGUGGUGGUUAAGACCCUGAGCACCUUUAGGAACACGGAGAUCUCCUCCAAACUGGGAGAGGAGUUUGAUGAGACCACAGUCGAUGACCGACAUGUCAAAUCUACCUUCACCAUGGAGGGAGACAAACUUGUGCAAGUGCAGAAGUGGGACGACAAGGAGACCAAAUUUGUAAGAGAAAUCAAGGACGGGAAGUUGGUGGCGACUUUGACUUUUGAGGGAGUACAGGCAGUGCGCACAUAUGAGAAAGCCUGACUUCACCAUUCACUUGAAUGAGCAAAUCAUCCCUGCACUGCAAACAGCAUUUUUAACAGUAUGCAGUGAUUUGCACUUGAUUUGUUGUUAUACCAUGAGAUAAAUAUUUUGGGAAAUCUUUUGUAAGAUCUUUUGUAAGACAUUCACAUUAUAAUGGGUCUUAACUGUUUCAUUCUGUGUAUGACAUGUGAAAAAAGGGAAAAAUAAACCGAUUGAAACUUU